AUGUCAGAGAGACAUACGGGUAACGGAGCUCGCACCAUUAGCUCCCAUGGCAAAGAAAUCCUAAAGGAGCAUUCGCAUGAUUGGGCGGUCCUUCUGCUCCUAGGAUUAACAGAUUUUUUCCUAAACAUGAUCGAACCUUUCCAUCGCUAUGUAGCGCAAGAUAUGAUGACCGACAUUAAAUACCCGUUCUAUGAAAAAGACACAAUUCCUAUGUGGGCUGUCCCGUUUUAUGCAGGGAUAUUACCAAUUAUGAUAUUCUUCAUUUAUUACAUGAAGAGAAAGGAUGUUUAUGAUGUACAUCAUGCUGUGCUUGGUCUUUUAUACUCACUUUUGAUAACGGCUGUCAUCACCGAUUCGAUAAAAGAUGCAGUAGGUCGACCAAGACCGAAUUUCUUCUAUAGAUGUUUUCCAGAUGGUAACGCGGAGUUUGGCGAUGAUGGAAAUGUAUUAUGCCAUGGAGACCUACUAAAAAUAAAAGAAGGAUAUAAAAGCUUUCCUAGUGGGCAUACUUCAUGGUCAUUUGCGGGCCUCGGCUUCCUUGCUUGGUAUUUAUGUGGAAAACUUAGAACCUUUGAUAAUAAGGGACAUGCCCAAAAGCUAUGUGUAGUGGUGUUACCAUAUCUUUUUGCGGCACUAGUUGGAGUGAGUCGUGUGGACGACUAUUGGCAUCAUUGGACAGACGUGUUUACCGGAAUGAUUAUAGGAACGACCGUUUCCGCAUUCUGCUACUUACAAUUCUUCCCAUUUCCGAAUCACGAAAAUGGUUGGGCUCCACAUGCGUUUUUCAAUGUGAUGGAAAUGGAACGAUCUCGUGAGAUAGAAGGUGCAACUGCACGUUAUGCUGAUUUAGAAGCCUAAGAAGGGGAGAGGAGACAUGGAUCCAUCAUCCUUAUUGGAGACCUUAUAUGCGCAAGAUAGCUUAAUAUGCAUCUACAUAUAAAUAUAUACGCGGGGUAACAGUUUUUAGGGAUUCAUUGUCAUGUAUGUAUUUGAACUUCCUACACAUAUCGUUGAGAUAUUCUUUCAUGAUCACUAUUCAUCACGAUGUAUUUUGUUCAUAUAUAUUUGGGAUGUUUCCCACAAAAUGAAUACAUAUUUUUAGGGAAUUUCUAAAC